AUCUCUUUCACUUUUGUUUUAGAUACAGAUAAAAAAAAAACACAUCAUGGGUAGACUUCAAGGAAAAACUGUCUUCAUUACUGGCGCCUCUUCUGGUAUUGGAGAAGCCAGUGCACGUCAAUUUGCCGACGAAGGUUGCAACUUGAUUUUAACCGCUCGUCGUUUAGAAAAACUUGAACAAAUCAAGUCUGAAUUAGAAAAGGCGCAUCCCAACAUUUACGUUCAUGCUGCUCAAUUAGAUGUUCGUCAAAAGAAAGAAAUUGACAGUGUUAUCUCUCAAUUACCCACCCAAGUACAACAAGUCCAUGUCUUGUUGAAUAACGCUGGUAUGGUGAUCGGUACCGAUCCUUUGGUCGAGGUGGAGGAGGACGUCAUUGACCAAAUGUUGGCUACCAACAUUAAGGGUCUCGUUCUUUUGACUCAAGCUCUUGUGCCCGGCAUGAAGGAACGUGGUGUGGGUCAUGUCAUUAACGUUGGCUCUGUUGCUGGUAAACAAGCUUAUGGUGGUGGCAGUAUCUACUGUGCCACUAAAUUCGCUGUGGAUGCCAUCACAAAGGCUUUAGCCAUUGAAUUAGUUGAAACACCUAUUCGUGUCAGUCAAAUCUGUCCUGGCUUGGUUAACACUGAAUUCUCCACCAUUCGUUUCCGUGGUGAUAAGGAAAAGGCAGACAGUGUCUACAAGGGUUUACAACCACUUGUGGCUGAUGAUAUUGCCGAACUUAUUGUUUUCACCGCAGGUCGCCCUGCUCACGUCAAUAUUGCCGAUAUGCUUGUUUUCCCUGUCAACCAAGCGGAUGCCAAGACCGUUUAUCGUCGUGCUGAUUAAAGAAUAAAAAGAAAGUAUAUUUUGUUAUCUAUUGUAACUUUAUCCCAGAUCAUUUUGUAACCGUGUAGUGUGACGACAAUAAAGCAUCUCAAUUUGUCUAGAGCUUGAA